AUGGCAAAAGGCGCUCGGUCAAGCGUUAAAAAGCGUAAUAAGGCAAACCUACGAGCCAAAGUGUUUGGGCCUGUUGCGGACCAAAGAACAGAAAGACUUUCGGCGAAGCUUCAAGAAUUGGCCUCCAAGACUUCUGUGAAGGAUACAGAUAUGGCAGAUGCAGAUUUUAAUCUGAUCGAAAAGCUAGAUCACGCUUCAACUAAUAUGGACAUUGAUGAGAAUUCUGGUGGUUCCAAGCCAGAGUCCAGUGGUACGGGCCGAAUCCAAAAAAGAGUCCGCAGAAAGACACGGCCUUCAAUUACGUUUAAACCACACCCUGGCAAGGUGAAGAGGUCGUCUAAAAAGAAAUGA